AUCCUCAGUGUGGGUCAGGAGCGUUUUUCAUUUAUCUUAUCACGUUCGGGGCGGACUGACCCAUCCCCAAAAAAGCAGCCCGAAAACGAAACCACCCCCAAAGGAGAAAAAUCCAAUCAAAGCCCUCGUUCCUGGAAUCGAAUCAAAUCCAGAGAGAGAGAGAGAGAGAGAGACACACACACACACACAAAGAGAUUGAAGUUGUGAGAGAAAAAAAAAUGGUGGUGAGGAUAAGAUUAUCGAGGUUUGGAUGCAAGAACAAGCCUUUUUAUCGAGUUAUGGCUGCAGAUAACAGGUCUCCCAGAGACGGCAAGCACUUGGAAGUUUUGGGUUACUACAAUCCUCUCCCAGGUCAAGAUGGUGGUAAACGAAUGGGUCUUAAUUUUGACAGAGUGAAGUAUUGGCUAUCAGUUGGUGCUCAGCCAUCAGAGCCUGUUGAACGCCUUCUGUUUAGAUCAGGGUUGCUUCCCCCGCCGCCAAUGCUGGCUAUGGGUCGCAAAGGCGGGCCAAGGGACACCCGCCCAAUUGAUCCUAUGACUGGGCGCUAUUUGACAGCAGAUAAGCCAGCAAAUGGUGAGAAACCAAAGGACUCUGAAGGUAAUGGAGAUGGCGAGAUGAAGAUAGUGGAACAACACCAUGAUGAAGAUGGUGCAACUGCCCCUUGAAACCAGUCUAUACAGUUACCUUCUAUGAGCUGAUAUUGUUUUAGAUGGUGCAAACGACCCUUGACACCUUCUAUAUGUAACUCGGCUUUGAAGAUCUGACUAUUGUUUCAGAUAGUUCUGAUAGUAUUAUAUGGAGAGUGGUUCCAAGUUGCUUUGCUUAUAAAAUAAUUUUGAAUUGUGUGGGACGGAAAUUCUUGUGUAGAGAGUAAUUACAAUGCAUUACUCCAUUUUGAGUGUGGAAAAGCUCUUUGCUUUGGUUUAAAAACUAUUCUUCUAGGAAUACAGAAAUUAAUCACAGAAUCAGGCAACUUUUAUAUGGGUGUGGGAUCUACAAAAAUGAGCUUCAUAUAAAGAGUUGUGUGUACAGUUUUGUUA